AUCUCCGCCCUUUCUCCUCCCCUCCAAAUGGACAUCACCACCACCACCCACCACCAUCACUUCAAUGUCCACCCUUCCACCACCACCACCAACCACCACUAGCACCACGCAUACCUACCUAACAAACAUCGGCCUCGGCUAUGCCAUCGCCAUCGCAUUUGGAUUUCUCGUCCUCCUAUCCACCCUCCUCCUCGCUUCCUACAUCUGCUUCCGCCACAACCAGCGCCACCGCCGCCGUCAUCACCAACCUCAACUCCAAAACCCUAACGAUAACGGCGUAAUUCUCCCUAACAUAUUCUUCGUCGAUGAAAACAACAACGACGAUGGAGAAGAAGAACAAAACGCCGUCGUUGGACUAGAUCAAUCAGUUAUCAAUUCGUACCCUAAAUUUCCGUUCUCGAAGGAAAUGACGAACGGAAUCGAUUCAAUUUGCUCGAUCUGUUUAUGCGAAUAUAAAGAUGCAGAGAUGAUGAGGAUGUUACCUGAUUGUAAGCAUUGUUUUCAUUUGAUCUGUGUUGAUGCUUGGUUGAAGCUUAACGCUACUUGUCCUGUUUGCCGGAGUUCUCCGCUUCCGACGCCAUUAUCAACGCCGUUGGCGGAGGUUGUUCCUCUUUCACAGUAUUACGACGGCCACCGCCGGAGGUAACAGAUCAAUCCAACGCCGCUGUAUCAGAUCUCGUUUUCUGACCAGUGAUUCUAAGAUCGUUUUUGAGGUUUUCAGAUUUCAAAAUCCCUGUUCUUAUUGCGAUUUGGAGCUCGAUUUCAUAUC